AUGCCUCCCAGCUGGGGGGCGGAUCGAAUCGGAGUUUCCUUAGGUAGCCACCGACCUACAGUUAUCCUUAAACUUCUGUGCUUGGUGGAGAAGAAGCGAACAAAGGUACGCUCGCUUGCUGUCUUGUUCUCUGCCGCGAACUGGGAUCGCUCGCCAGCUAGGGGGCAAUACAUACCAAAAGGUGCUUUAGUGAUCUUUGAUGGUCUGAACAAGGAACUCUGUGUGGGGAUCCAUCUUGUUGUUAUUCGCAUUGUUCACCUUGGUCUCCAAUCUGGGUGGUUGUUCUGCGCUUUAUAUUUAAAGCAAGCAGCUUCAUCCUUGAUGAUGGCCUAUGGUGGUGAUGAAUUCGUUCAUCCGGACAAUGCGGUACCUGUUUAUCUCGCUCGGUCCGGUUACCCUCGGAUCAUUCCGUCUCAUCAUAGGCGUAUGAUUCUGAAGAAGGAUGAUAAAGCGGACAUGCUGAAGCUGGGAUUGGGCCGGCUUUCCUUUCUUAACCAGGCUCAAGGGAAGUUAGAAGUCAAAGAAGCCUUGGUGCCUAGCGAAAGCGAGUUCUUCUUUCUUUUCUUGCUCGAAGGUUGUCGGUUAGCGGGUGCAGGUCAAACGAGGAAAGAAAGAAGAGUUCCGGUACAACCAGACGAAAUAUCACUGAUCAUCCAGGCACAGAAACUCAACCAACUCUCCCCGAAACAGCGAGAGAAGCCGGAAAAGCGGAACUCGGGGAGCCCUCAGAACCUCAACCGGUUUCGUCAAAAGACAAAGGAAAAGCACCUAUCCGGGAGGAAGAGGAGGCCGAGUCAGAAGAGAAGAGGAAGGUCAAUCUAUCUUCAUUCACAUGUUUUAUUUUAUCUGUUUGACUCAGAAGGAGGAGAAGACGAAAAAGAAGCUACAGAAGAAGAGGAAGCCGAAGAUACAGAAAGAACCGUCUCCAGCGCACCAAUGGGAAACGGGGCCCCCGAAAGGAUUCUGAUCAUAGUCGUUCAGCGCGUCAAGUUGACACUAUAG